GUGGACAAAUAAGAUCGAGACUUAGAAAUAUCCACAUAAAGAUGCAUUGUCAACGAUGCCAAAAAUCAAUGCGUAGUUGUGAAGGUAUCAAAUGUGGCGAAUGUGAGUCGAGAUUUCAUAUUAAAUGUAUAAAUGGGAACACAAAGAGCUUAGAGCUAGAAUGCGGUGAUAAGGGAUUUCACUGGGUUUGUGCUUUGUGUCAAAAACCGUCUUGUAAAAUCAACACCGAACAAAUCCAACCGGAUAUUUUACUCAAAGCAAUAAAUGCAUUAACGGAGAAACUUGAACUUGUCAACAAAAUCCAGCUACCGAAACUAAAUAAAGAUUUGAUACAAAUAAAAUCCGUAACUGAUCAUAUUAUAAAACAAAAUGAGAAUAUUCUAAUUAAAAUAGAUGACUUAAAAAACAGAAAGUAUGUAGAGCAAUCAAAGAAAAAUUCGAACAAUAAAUAUCGAAGUAGAAAUCUUAAUUUGUCGCCAAGAUCGAACCGGUGUGACGAAAAAGUUCCGAUUUUGGGUACAGAUAGGAUCAGAUACAGAACACGUAGGAGAUCAUAUCCAAUUAUUAAGAUGUUAUUACAGUUAAACAGAAAACUGAGUCGAGGAAAGAGAUCAAAAAGGAAAAUAAAUUAA